AUGACGUACACUGUGUGGCUAUUAUCUGCCGAGGCGCGAGGUUACGAAAUGCCAAAGGAAAGGCACUCCUCUCGGACACUGCCUGCUCAGCACGAUGCAUCACUCGCCAGUCCAACGGAGCCGGUCUCCAUGCGCCUGCGGGCCCUGGCCAUGGACCUGUGCAAGCCUGGGGGAGAAAGACCCCUCGUGCUCUUCCCGGAGAAGGACAGCCCCAUCUUCCUCAGCAGCAGGGAGUGCCGCCUCUGCAGAUUGGCCCAGGUGGUGCUGAGCAAUGGCGGGGCCACUAUAAAAGCUCUCCCUCUGCCACGCUCUCCCAACCACUGCUCUGGCUGCCUUCUCCUCGAGGAACAAUCUCUGCCCUCUUGCAGAGCACCAUCUCAUCCCACAAAGAUGUCUUGCUACGACCUGUGCCCACCAAAAACCAGCGUCGCCGUCCCUCAGCCCAUCGCUGAGAGCUGCAACGAGCUGUGCGCCCGCCAGUGCCCCGACUCCUCGGCCUUCAUCCAGCCGCCCCCGGUCGUGGUCACCUUCCCCGGCCCCAUCCUCAGCUCCUUCCCCCAGCAAGCCGUGGUGGGCUCCUCCGGAGCACCCGCCUUUGGGGGCUCCCUGGGGCUGGGGGGCCUCUACGGUGCCGGGGCCACCCAGGGCUCGGGAGGCCUCUGCACCUUUGGCAGACCCUACGCUGCUCCUGCCUGCAGCCCUUGCGUCUUGCCCCGCUACACCAAGAAGCUCUGGGACACCUGUGGGCCCUGCUAG